AUGGGGAGACGUGCAAAAAUAAAUUCAGCCUUUAAGAAAAAUACGGCAAAAUUGAACGACAAUGAAGAGUUGCGAUCGAUAAAACUGUCAGCGCCUUCGGUAUUCAAGUCUGAAUAUUCGGAAGCGCUAACAGAGCAUUUUUUCCAUAAAUGCUACAAUGGUACAGUAAUAUGCUACCUAGGUUCGACAUUGUUUUUAUAUGUUGUCAACCUUGCAGCAGAUAACGAUGAUCGGCAAUAUUUCAUUGACAGUGAUGGAAAAAAUGUUAUACGUGAGUGUUUCGCCGCCGUAUCACGAGAAAAUUCGGAAAAUCCAAAACAACCGAAAAUACCACGUGGAUUCCUUGAAAUGAUUGCCGAUGAUCAAUUUGAAUGGCCAAAUAAUAUAUUGGAGAGCUUCUUGCAAAUGAUUCGCUAUCAAUUGAACGAAGACCCUAAUCGGCUCAUAAAAUUUGAUGGCAUUGACAUAAGAAAUGCAAAGAACAAUCUUAUGUUCAAUCAAGAUUGUACCGGAGGCGAUCAACACCGAACGAACAAAAUGAAUGAGUUGUAUGAACAAGUCGCCGUACGCUGUUUACCAUCAUUUCGCGAAUAUUUGUCAAUGAUUGAAUACAUCGAGAAAAAGUGGUUUGAAUCGUUGUGGUUUUUCAUCUUCAUUCAACGUGAAAUAAGUAUAUUUUUGGAAGAGCAUCACGAUCUUGUGCAAUUAUGGCUACGACACCAACGCCAUCCGCUUUUUUAUUGCAAACCAUCCAAGCCAUUGCCACCAAAAAUAAGAAAUUUCACCGUCAUACCGAUAUGUGACUCGAAGUUGAAACACAUUAAAUUCGAUCAAGAUGAUUUGAUGAGCCUGCUGGCCCAAUGGAAAGUUGUGCCGAAGAUAUUUAACAAUGAUCAUGGAGGGCAUAAUAUGUAUAGCCGUAACUAUUACAAGGAGAACGAAGAUGAAGCAUGGGCCAUUUUGUUCAACAUGGACAAAAUCAACGAGAUCAAGAAACCGAACCAACAGUUUCAUCAUAUGAUAGUCUGCGAUAGCGUUUCCGCGUCGGUAUUGUACAGAACACCAAAGCCUGAGAUCGAGAAUACGGAGCUGCAUCGACAAAGAAUCAAGCAAAAACUCGAGAACAAUGAGUAUAAAUACAUCGUCGCAAUUGAUCCCGGUAUGAAAACAUACUUAGCCGGAAUUCGUCGGAAUAUUGAAGAUCGCACUGAGGAGAAUUUCAAGAUAUCUUCGAAGUCAUAUCAUUGGGGUGCCGGACAAAAAGUCAGAGACAAAAUGGGAAAGCGUAUGACUGCCAGAUUCACGCAACGAGAGCAAUUGGACCGUGAAAGCUAUCCAUCGAUACCAUCACCGCGAGGAAUCCGAUGGAGAAAUUACGUCAGGCAUCGAUUAACCAUGGUGAAAGAUGCAGUGGCUGCAUAUGCUCGGCGACGUUAUGCACGGCUUUCGUUUGACAAAUACAUCGGGUCACAAGGUGAGAAAGAUUGGCUGGCGAAAGUAAUAACAAAGAAUGAGCCAUCGCUUAUAAACAUCGGAGCAGUGGAUAUGGCACCCAAUUCACCAAUUGGCAUAAAAAAGGGAAAACGAUGCCCAGGUACACGGCAUCUUCAAUGCAGCGUUAAAAAACUUGGCCAUUCAGAUGUACACAAAGUGAAUGAAGAUUUCACAUCUCAACACUGUGCGAAUUGCCAGAAGAAAUUCCCGAUUCAAACACAAAAAUAUCGAUUCAAAGUUUGCCGUAACUGUACUCGCGAUGCACCAAUGCACCACAAGAAAUAGAACCGUAUAUCUCACUACCACGGCUAAUUGUGACGAAGAAGAGUCAACGACGCAAAAAGAAAGAUAGCUGCGUGAAGAAAUUGAUCGCAAGAGGCAUCAUGGAUCCAGCAAAUCAACCAGCAGAAUUUCAACCAGGGCGAUUAGAGUCAAAGAAAAUGUACUUUCUGAAAAACUGGCUACUAAACCCUGUGAAUGCAAUUCAAAUGGGAGGCGACGCUGAUAAAUAUCCGGAACAACAACAACAACAGCAACAUCAAAAACGAUUUUGCACCGUUUGGCAUCGAGACAUUGUUGCGGCUAGAUGCAUCAUGUACAAAGGUCUUUGUUACAUAUUCAAUUUGGAAAUGCACAACUCGUAUGUCAGAGCACCAGCACCUCCAAGA